GCGCCCGCCCUUAUAAACGGCAGCGGCGGAGGAGCCCGGUGCAGCGGCCCGCGGCGCGCCGCCUCCCGGCACGGCCCGGCACGGCCCGGGAUGGGCUCCGCGCACUCCGUGCCCGCCGAGAUGCGGGAGCUGGCCGACAGGACCGGCUUUACCUCUGAACAGAUCGAGCACCUGCACCGGCGAUUCAAGCAGCUGAGCCGGGACCAGCUGACAAUCCGCAAGGAGAAUUUUGACAGCAUCCCCGAUCUGGAGUUCAACCCCAUUAGGGGGAAAAUCGUCCAUGCCUUCUUCGACAAGCGGAACCUGCGGCAGGAGUCGGAUGGGCUGGCGGACGAGAUAAACUUUGAAGACUUCCUGACCAUCAUGUCCUACUUCAGACCCAUCGAGAUGAACAUGGACGAGGAGCAGCUCGAUCGCUUCCGGAAAGAAAAACUCAAAUUCCUCUUCCACAUGUACGACUCGGACCACGACGGGAAGAUCACGCUGCAGGAGUACAGAAAUGUGGUGGAGGAGCUGCUGUCGGGGAACCCCCACCUGGAGAAGGAGUCGGCGCGGUCCAUCGCCGACGGGGCCAUGUUGGAGGCAGCCAGCAUCUGUGUGGGACAAAUGGGGCCGGACCAGGUGUAUGAGGGCAUUACUUUCGAUGACUUCCUUAAGAUGUGGCAGGGGAUCGACAUCGAGACCAAGAUGCACGUCCGCUUCCUCAACAUGGAGACCAUUGCGCACUGCUACUGACCUCCGGCCGCCUCCUGGGAGCAAGAGGAGGAGGAGAAGAUGAGGAGGAGGAAGAUGAGGAUUCUGCAGCGGCUCCAUGUUCCUGGCACCAAGCGCUUUGUGCCUGCCCGCGUGCCUGUCCCGUAGUGGGGCUGCCUUCUGCUCUCUAGAAACAUAAGAGGCUUUUAUCUGUAAUAAAAGGUAUUUUUCUUUUUACUCCUU